UAUGGCUAAAAAUAAAAUAGAAAAGCCAAAUUCUAUAAAUAGAAGGCUUAAUUUAGCACAACUUUCAGUCAGAAAGUCAAAAAUCAUCACGACAAAAGAAUUGGGUCAAACUCCUUUACCGGUCAACCAAGUCAUCACUUAGGUGGGACCAUUGUCUCCACGUGAACUCAAUUCUUCCAAUUGUUACACGCCACGUCACGAGAAUAAGAAACUCCAGGACCAGCGCGUUUAACGUCAAUUGCCACGCUGGCAUUUUUCUUAUUACAUUUUGCAUACAUACACAUAUAGAUACACAUUUAAGCCAGAAGUAUAAAUAAAAUGGUUACGAUAACUUCCAUAACCUUCAAUUAGUUUCUCCAGAAAGCUACAUCACUAGCUCCUCUCACAUUCAAGAAGCCUCCUCCAAUAAUUUUCCCUUUUCCUGGGGAAUUUUCUCUCUCGAUUCUUUCCCGGAAUAUCUUUCACAAUUUGGAGACCAUAACGAACACAUAAACAUGUCGCAGGACGUAAUUUCGUCUCAUGAGCAGCUCUCUAUGGAUGAGAUCACAAGCCCUCUCACCGCACAAAUCUUCGAUUUUUGCGAUUCACAGUUAUUUCAAGAAACCUUCAAUCAAACUUCUGAAGUGACCUCUGCUUCAAACGGUUGUGGCUAUGUCGAAAACAACAACACCAACAACUUUCCAGACAAAUCCAACAGUGGUUCGAAUCAGGAUCGUGAUGAUAACAACGACAACGCGGACUUAUCGAUCAUAUUUGAUUCACAAGAUGAUUUCGAUAACGAUAUCACAGCUUCUAUCGAUUUCUCUUCAUCCAUCCAGUUCCCAGUCUCCGAUCAACUCCAAGAGCAGUUUGAUUUCACCGGAAUUCAACUUCAUCAGCCUCCGAACGCUCUCUACUCUUCCUCCUCCGGUGAACUUCUGCCUCCGCCUUUAUCGGUUUUCGAAGAGGAUUGUCUUUCUUCUGUCCCAAGUCACAAUCUUGGCUCCAUAAACCCUUCUUCUCCUUCUUGCUCUUUUUUGGGUAAUACCGGUUUACCGACUUACAUGACCGUAACCGGGAAUAUGAUGAACACCGGUUUAGGAUCUGGUUUUUACUCCGGGAGUAUCCAUCUCGGUUCUGAUUUUAAACCAUCACAUGAUCAAUUGAUGGAAAUUCAGGCUGAUAAUGGUGGAUUGUUCUGUCCAGAUCCGAUUAAACCCAUCUUCAAUCCAGGAGAUCAUCAUCUCCAGGGACUUGACGGUGGCGAGAACCAGAACCACAUGGUGGCACAGCCGGUUCUUCCGCAGUUAGGGACGGAGAUAACCGGUUUAGACGACCCGAGUUUCAACAAAGUUGGAAAACUCUCCGCGGAGCAGAGGAAAGAAAAGAUUCAUAGGUACAUGAAGAAGAGAAACGAGAGGAAUUUCAGCAAGAAAAUCAAGUAUGCAUGUAGAAAGACAUUGGCAGAUAGUCGUCCAAGAGUUAGAGGAAGAUUUGCAAAGAAUGAUGAAUUUGGUGAACCAAAUAGACAAGCUUGUUCAAGCCAUCAUGAAGAAGAUGAUGAUGAUGUGGGGGUAAAGGAAGAAGAACAAUUAGUUGAUUCUUCGGACAUAUUUUCACACAUAAGUGGUGUGAACUCUUUCAAAUGCAAUUAUCCAAUUCAGUCUUGGAUUUGAGUUGGAUUACUUACAUGGUCUUAUGAUUUACAAAAAAAAUAAAAUAGUAUUAUUAUAGAGGUCUGUAAUUUGUAUAUUUAUUAGUACAUUUUUUUGGCCAUGACUCAUAGUUUGUCGAAUAAUUAGAACAUAAGAAAAAAGAGAGAUGAAUAAUGGGUUUAGGCGGGUAAUUAUGAAUAAAACUGUAGUGAGUGAGAGGGUUUGUUUAUGUUACAUAGAACAUUACGAAAUUUUGUAGAUAUAUAUUAUAUGGUAUGAUAA